AUGGCCCGCAUUGCGAAGCUCUCCUGUCUUGCUGUGUUGUUUUUCUUCCUGCGGGAUCACUUCAGUUUUGUGCCUUUUGUGCAGAAGAGGAUUGAUCCAUCAGCAGCUUCAAGUCUGCGUGAGAACCUGCACCGAAGAAGCGUAUGGCUGGCAGGUGGCUUGGGACUCUUCAUGGACUCUAAGCAAGCGAUUGCUGGAAGCGACGCAGAGGACCAUCCCCUCGUGGGAUUUGACGUGGACGUUCAGGGCGGCGAUGGUGAGCAAACCGAACGAGUAGUGCUGAAGUUGCACCCAGAGUGGGCACCGCGUGGCGUGAGGCGCUUUGUGUCUAUGUUGAGGAUGGGUGACCUUGAGGGAUCUCGACUCCAUCAUGUUGCCAGUGACGGUGUUUUCUUUGGACUGCCAGCAGAGCCAACGCUGGAAUUGGACAAGAUCCGCAAUGAUCGCGUAAGAGCAUCCAACGUGCGGGGUACUGUUUCUUUCAAAGCAGGAGGGCUUCUCCGCAACUCUCACAGUCGUGCUCAAGAGCUAUUUGUAAAUACGAAGGACAACUCUCACUUGGAUAAGGAUGGCAUUGCUCCCAUUGCAGAGGUGGUAGAAGGCAUCCUGACAAGGAUACUUGCUAAGCUGCUACAUAAUAUUAUAUAA